AAGGAGAAGAAUUCCUGGGAAAUACAUGAGAGGAGAAUGAAGGAUCAGUACCUCAUGUCUAUCUCAGAUAAAGAUCAGCAACUCAUUCAUCUACAGAAUCUCAUAAGGGAAUUGAGGUCUUCUUCCUUCCAGACUCAGCCUCUCAGCAUGCAAUACCAAAGACAAGCAUCCCCAGAGACAUCAGCUUCCCUAGAUGGGUCGCAAAACCUGGUUUAUGAAACAGAACUUCUCAGGACCCAACUCAAUGACAGCUUAAAGGAAAUUCACCAAAAAGAAUUAAGAAUUCAGCAACUGAACAGCAAAUUCUCUCAGUUACUCGAAGAGAAGAAUAACCUUUCAAUUCAGCUCUGUGGUACCAGUCAGAGUCUUCGUGAGAACCAGCAGCACUAUCAUGAUCUUUUUAAUCACUGUGCAGUCUUGGAGAAACAGGUUCAAGCACUGCAGGUGGUGAGUAGAGAGAAGGGACCACUGAAAAUAGAUGUUGCUCCAGGAGCUCCCCAGGAAAAGAAUGGAGUUUGCAGAAAGAGUGACCCUGAGGAACCAAGAGAGCCACAGCAAAGCUUUUCUGAAGCCCAGCAGCAGCUGUGCAACACUAAACGGGAAGUGAAUGAAUUAAGGAAACUGCUGGAAGAAGAACGAUACCAAAGAGUGACUGCCGAGAAUGCCCUCUCUGAGGCCGAGGAGCAGAUCAGGCGGUUGGAACACAGUGAAUGGGACUCUGCCCGAACUCCUAUCAUUGGCUCCUGUGGCAGUCAGGAGCAGUCAGUGAUAAUGGACAUCACAAGUAACAGUUGUCAAAGGACCCGGAGUGGCGCUGGAUGGAAGCGGGUCCUGCGUUCGCUCUGCCAUUCCCGGACCCGAGUGCCGCUACUAGCAGCCAUCUACUUUCUGAUGAUUCAUGUUCUACUCAUUCUAUGCUUCUCGGGUCAUCUGUAAACUUGGUUUUCACUUUUUGGACUUCCAAACUUUCCUCAUCUUCAACAUCAGAACUAUCAGUUCCAAUGGAACAGUCUUCCCAUUUACAGGUCUUCAACUCUCCACGGAAAGUGCCUGCAAAAACAGAGGUGGCUUUGAGGACAGGUUGGAGCUGCAAAGACCAGCAAGUCUGCUUUCUGCUACUGCCCUGGGCCCGAACAUCUGCUUAAUCUGAGAAGUCCCACAGUUAGUUUGUUGACCUAAUAUUUGUUCAGAUUUUUCAGGGUCCUGAUCAUUUGUGGUUCUAUAAAAGAUAAUUGAGGAAUGUCUUUCAGUCAAGCCAAGAGGAUGUUUCCAAUAAAUCUAAUAAUUUGAAGUUCAGUA